AUGGACCUUGCGAGUUUCCUCAUUCAACGGGCACUGCAAAGUUUUGAAACGGCCAGCUUCCUGUACUGGUUCCUACAGCUUGAAGCCAACGAGUCCACGCCGUCAACGCCUAUGAUUCGAAAAAUGUUCGAUGCAGUUCUCCAGCGACUUCUUGCGGCUUUGAAGCAUGCCUCGCCGACACAACGCAAGUGGUUUGAGGACAUAACAGCCCAACAGGAAUUUCUAGACCAUUUGAAUGAUCUUCUAAAGUCAGUCCACGAAGACGCCUCCAAACGCACUCGAAAGGCAAGUUUUCCAAGAUUUUGCAUCUUCACCGGACGGAUAUGGAGCACAAUGCAGCCCGCGCUCCUGAGUCUUGUCUCACCUGACGGUGAGGUCUACAGGAUGAUUUUCAAGAUAGGUGAUGAUCUACGCCAGGACCAACUUGUACUUCAGAUGAUCCAGUUGAUGGACGUGGUAUUGCAAAAAGAAAAGUUUAAUUUACAACUGACCCCUUACAAGGUGUUGGCAGCCAGCUGUCGUCAUGGUUUGAUAGAAUUUGUGGAGGCGAUUUCGUUGGCCAGUACGAGACAGGAGGGCUCCAUACUAAAUUACCUCCAAAACUGUGCACCGAGUCCCACGGAUACUCUUGGCGUGCAGCCGAAAGUGCUCGACACCUAUAUCCGCUCCUGCGCCGGCUACUGCGUUAUAACCUAUCUGCUGGGUGUGGGCGACCGCCACAUGGAAAACAUUAUGUUAACUUCUGAAGGCCAGCUCUUUCAUAUUGACUUCGGUUUCAUCCUGGGCAACGAUCCGAAACCGAUGGCCCCAGAGGUUCGCCUGACGAAAGCCAUGAUCGAGGCUAUGGGCGGCCACCAAACGAAAUUAUUUAACGAGUUUUGGAAGAUUUGCCUAACGGCUUUUCUAAGCCUCCGACGACACGCAAACCUGUUUCUCACAUUUUUCUCCCUGGUGCACGAUACGGGAAUUCACGACAUAGCCCGAGAUCCAGGCAAAGCUUGUGAAUUCCUCAAAGAACGUUUUUGUAUCGACCAGACAGAUGAAAAGGCUGCAUUUCGUUUUGCAAGUCGGCUGACCGAUUCAGUCAAGGCUUUUGUGCCGGAGAUGAUGGAGAGAAUUCACUCAGUGGUUCAGGUUUGUUUACUGAGGACUUUUCAGUCACUGUCCGUCUACCAAUGUAUCCUAAUUGAUGCCUUAUGUUUUAUGAGCGUCUGA